UGAAGUUUAUUCAGGCACACAGUGUUCACAAGUGUCUCCGGACGGUAUGUAUUUGUGAGAUGCUGACAAAUACUCGUGAGGCUAUAACGUUACAACUUACAACAAGCAGCUUAUCAUUUGUUUUGCAGGUGACUUAAAACCAGGCAUGUGCCUGGCGCUGUUCACAGCCACACCUGCAGCUGAGCACCCACUCAGCUCCAAUAACCUCCCUCAAACACCAUGGAUCCUGAGCAGCAGACCAGCCAUCUGCCUCCUGCUGAAGCCUCCUCCCAGCCCAGUGCAGAAUACUUCUCAUGGGAUCACCGCCUCCAGCUCAUUGGCCUUGGCUUUACCUUCUAUACAGCAAUAUUCCUCCUCUCCCACCUUCUGUCUACGGCACUGUCUCGUACCUACUGCUCCCUGCUAGCUAAAGAGAAGGUUUUCUGGAACCUUGCAGCAACUCGAGCAGCGUUUGGCAUCCAGAGUAGUGUAGCGGGUCUCCGGGCACUAACUGAAGACACAGCAUUAACCAGAGACAAAGUGAGGGGACAAGAGGACUGGUCAUGGUUCAAUGUCCUCACAGCCACAGGUUUCUUUUUGUUUGAGAAUGUAGCAUUACAUGCCUCCAGUGUGGUAUUUUGGUCAUUUGACCUCCCACUGGCGACGCACCAUUUCUUCGCCCUGUCAGGAUACGCAGGGGCAGUGGUGUGGGAUUCCCUUGGCCACUUUUUGCCGAUGGUUACACUGCUACUGGAGAUGAGCACACCAUUUACAUGUAUAUCCUGGAUGUUACUGAAGGCCGGCUGGGCCCGCAGCUUGUUUUGGAGAACCAACCAGUGGGUGAUGAUCCACAUGUUCCACUGUCGCAUGGUGCUCACCUACUACAUGUGGUGGGUAAGUUUGACCCACUGGAGAGAGCUCAUCACUUAUGUGUCCCUGCCCCAAAACCUGCUCUUCUUCACUGGCCUGGCUCUGCUUACGUUUAUCAUCAACCCCAUCUGGACACACAAGAAGACCAUGCAGCUGCUCAACCCAGUGGAUUGGAACUUUGAAAACAAACCGGCACCGGUCAAUGGAUCCACACAGGGCCAGUCCGUUUCUGUCAAACCCCAUGCCAGUUGAAUAGUACCAAGGAGAUCAUUCUCUGUCUGAAUGAUGCUGUGUUUUUUAAAUUCAUUUUUAUUGAGUAUUUUAAGAUUUAUUUGAUCAGAUUCAGACUUUCUUUUUACAUAUUUGGACCCUAAGACCCUAUAAGUAGACUUCACUUAUCUAAAAAGCCCUAAAAAGAUUUGACAAUAUGGAGAAAAAAAGAAUAUUAAUUUCCCAUCUGGUUAGCUUUUAAUAGGUAGGUGUGGUUGUGUAUGGCUUUGGAGUGGGAUGCUGUAUGUUUGCAUCAUUUUGAGCACACUAUAUUGUGAAAUCAGUCAUAGGGUUGGUUAUUUAUACACAAUAGGCAAAAAUACACAUGACAGCAGUUCUUGCAAGAACCAUUCGGAAGCACAAACCUACAAAUUAAAACCUUGUUCUUUAGGAGCAAAAGCCUGCUUGUGGAUAUACAUAUUUUGACUUCUUUAAGUUUAAAGCAACACAACAAAAAGUGAGGCCUCUGUACACCUACAUUAUUUACAGCCUGACCUGCUUUAAGAAGCAGUGCAUUUUCUAUGUUUUCUGUCUGCCCACAGCUUCUUCUGAUCUCAUGCUAUUGACGGGUUAUAUCUAUUUAUGUCACAGGUAGAAGAAGUCUAGUAGUAACGUACUUGGAGAUACGAUGUGAAUGAAGACACAGAGGAGGAUCAUCAAACAACUCUGUAGUGAAGUAACAUCAAGAAUGUGGCCUUGGUCAUGCACAGCUCUAUUGUUGCUUUUGCAACAUAGUUACUCCACACUGAUUGAGCAGCGUAUGCUGGAAAAUUAGGUCAAGUUUGAGGUCUUACAAGUUAGUAGUGGAAGCUAUUAGAGGCUAAGUGAACAAUUAGAUUAGUCAAUUCAUCAGUCACAUUGGUGUUUUUUUGGACUGUGAAUCCUUUUUCGGCAGAAAGGGAAAUGAUUAUCAUGGUGGUUUUCGUGAAGUAGAUUUCUAAACAGACGAAAGCUCGGGACUGGUCAACUUUACAAAGGCUCUAUUGUCCAAAAUGGAGAUGCAGUGUGACGAAACUGUAACAGUGUUACCAAAUUACCAUGCAAUAUUUUGAUCAUGAUUUAUUUUAUAUUGUGAAUCAAGCUAGUGUAGAUUAGAAGUGUUUGAUAACAUUGUCUUGUUUUAAUAUUUAUUUCUACUCAUGUCACAUCAAAAUGUCUUAACUUUUUUUCAGACAAUGGCUUUCUUGUUGUGGAAAUGAGGGUUGGGUUUGUUCAUUGUCACAUAACUGGCAUAAGAUGUUUUUGUUUGCUUGGAUGAGUGUGUUGGAAGAGUUUACUGUAAGCAUUCAGGAGAUUCCAAACAUGCAACAUUUGGGCGUCUUCAAGAAUACUACAACAACAAAACAACAAUGUUAGUUUAGUUAUAGUUUGAUGGUUUCUGAGGUGCAAACUUUCAGAUCUUUUUUUUUUUUAUUUCUUCCUUUUCUCAGUGUGUGUGUUUAAACAGCAUCACUACUAUAACCCACAUCCAAUUUCGUUAAUAGCUCAAUUUUAGACAUUUCCAUUUUAGUAUUAGUAUUAAUGUAUAUUAAUUUUUAGCAUCUCUUGGAUACAUUUCAACUCCUGAGCUGAGGGCUGAUGCAGAGUUAUCCAGCAAAGUAUAUAAAUGAGUCCACUGCAGAGAUUAUUGAACAGUUGAUUUGUGAAAAAGCUGUUGCUGGGCUUUUUAUUACUCAGUGUUUGUUCCAAGAAGCAGAUUUCCUGAAUUAUCUGUAUAACUUGGCUGAGUAAUAUCUAGAAACCCUUCAAAUCUGAAACUUGGACUGAUGAAGAACUGUGUCGGGUUAGACUCAGCAGCAUUAUCAAGAUAACUGUAAAUCUGCCUCAUGAAACAGGCUUCGGGAUGACUGAGAUGAAGCCAUACAUUGUCCAGUUUGGUGCUUUUGUGUGCGUCAUACAGCAAGUGUAAAUGUAUUUACACUGCAAAGUAUUUUGAUUAUUUUAGUUACUGCCUAACAUUUCUAACAAAUAUUACUAAUAUCAGAUAGUGUUGGGUUUUCCUGUCAUUUUUAGUUUGUCAUGACUACAUCUGAGUAACAUUAUGAGUUGUGGAAGACUCCCUUUUUGGUUUUAUGUCUUAUACCAAAAUAUUCAACAUCAUGUUUGUGUUGGGAAUUUUGUGUUACUUUGAGUUUGUUUGACUUUGAGACAUAAAAUAAAAUGUUCACAAAUUG